AUGUCUGAAGCCAUCGCCACUAAGCUCGAGGAGCUGGGAAAUCUUUAUUACGAUACAGGUGAUACAGAAGUCGGUCUUUCACUGAAAGAACUCGCUCAUUCUCCAGAUCGCGCUCGUUCCCUCCGUAGUGCUCUCCUUGAAAAUACUUCUCUUUAUACAACCAAUAAGCAUCUCGAAAAUAGCAUUGAGAGUUCCUCACACAAUCCCUCUCAGCAAUUAUUAGAAUCCAUAAUUUCCACAGAUAAUAAACGGCUAUCGAAGUAUCAAAUACACAGAAUUUUGGAUGUCACUCGGUUAUGGGAUCGGGAUCCGCAAGGUAUCUCCUAUCUCAAGGUGAUGAUAUCCAAAUGGUCAACUGAACCUUCUUCCUUUUAUGGGCAAUUGAUGUAUGAACAUAAACCAAAUCAGAUUAGCCUUCUCAAACUUUGCAUUGAACAAUUUAAACAAAUUGAGGAUGAGGCAAAGGUUAAUUCAAUUCGAAGAAAGGUUAUUCUAGUCAUCAUCUUCGAGGCUGUUAAGAAAGAAGAACAAGAAUUACUAAGAAAGUCCAAGAUAAAGAAACGAACUCUCUCUACAGCGAAUUAUACUCAACCAUUUCGAUCUCAAGCAAUUGAUGCUUUGGCACAUCGUUUAUGGGAUUCACAAAAAGUAUCACCAAAGGAUUUUUCGCUAAAAAGAACAAGAUUACUGCGAAUGGCACGUUUUGGUGAAAAAUGGAGCGUUAUUAAACCUGCAGGACUCAUAUUAGGUUUAGGAGGUAAUUCUCAAUCUUUUGAACUGAAAAAAUGGUCAAUAUUGGAGAUUCAAGCGAUUAAUGAACUACUUUGCACCUUCAAAUUAUAUUCGCUCCUACCCACCUUAGAAGCCGCCUUUCAAACCAUCAAAUCAGUACAACAGAACGACCACUACUCUCGAUGGGACGCUAUACCACCACUACCCAACCCGCACCCACCCACCACUGGUCGCGAACCUGCCAUCAAUGCUAAUCCUGCCAACUUCAAUAGCAACCCCAUUUCGAUAGAUGCAUUAUUGAAUCCAGCAGAUUACAUUGCCGGGUCUACACAGAGUCAGCAGUUGGCGAUUGCCAGAAACUCACCAAUUCAAAUCACCAAUGGAGCGGUACUCAGUGGUUAUGGACAGGAUUCUACCGCUGGUGAACAUGCAGAAUUUGGAAGCAGCAAAAGGGAAAAGAGAGGUCUAGAGUCCCUAGCUGAAGCGGAUGAUCUGCUUAGCCAACGAAAGCGUUUUAAAACCAACCCAAGCCACGAACUCGAGUUCAUAUAUAGUUAUGCACAGAAAGAGAAGCUGGCUAGCAAUCUUCAGGAACCGUUUCCUACUCCUGUGAUAGCUGAAUACCACCCGGAAUGUAUUCGUGCAAUGUUCCCUUACAAUAUUGAUGAAGAUGUUAGAAUCUCAAUCAUUGUUAAUAAUGAUGAGGCUGCAUACAAAAUUAUCGAAACCUUGGAUUUACAAAAACAACCACAAGGUCAUUCUCCAAGCCUUAUUCAGCUUUAUUCUAAUAUGCCAAAGGAAAAACUAUGGAUUUUAGGAGACUUGUUUAGUAAACGUUCGACUCUCAGCCGGAGAUACAGAUUGGAGACAGGACCUCGUUCUACUUGUGUCAGUGCAUUUGCCUCUGGUGGUAGUGGUACAGAUGAUAACAAGAUCACAUUUUUUAUUAUGGUAGAUCAGAAAUCAGGUUCCGAAUUGGCAAAUUUGUUUGGAAUGAAGCAGGAUUGUAUUAUUUCAAGUUGUGGUAGAUAA